AUGGGCGUGCCGUCCAACCGCAAGGAUGGCGGCGGCUUCUACAGCGUCACUUCCGCUUACACCAAUUCGGUGCCGGAGUCAAACUACGGAGGCAUGGAGCAUGGCCACUCGACCAUGACCAUGACCUACGGUCCUGACGGUCGCAGCAGCUUCGACAGUCUCGAGCCCUCGGCAAUGCUGGGCAACAAUCGAUUCGUGGCGGGUAACAAGUUCUUUAACUAUCAACAGUUUGGUGCGCUGCGCGAGGGCGGCGGCGUCAGUCUCUUCUCCGCCUCGUACUUUGGUUUGCUGUUCGCUACGGCGCAGAGCAGCAUUAUUUAUGCCGUGUUACGAUAUUGUAUGCGUCCGACAUUGAUGCACUCGCUUCUGUUGCAACGAUCCGAGAGCUCUGUCGUCAUCGAGUGCUUGCUGAGUAUCCCCACGACACUCAGCUUCUUCCUCGGUCUAUUGUCAGAUGUUGUGCCGAUUGGAGGCUACCGCCGGAAGUCUUACAUGAUCACGGGAACACUGUUGAGCUUCCUAACGUGUAUGGGCCUAAUGAUCCUCUCCGCCACUGCGGACGUGGAUAACUCGACGGAAGACCAGCUCAGUAACUACAUCAUCUACUACAUGGUCCUCAUCAUGGGCACCACGUUCGGUACCAUGCUCAGCAAGAUCGCCACGGACGCCCGUGUCAUCGAGCUGUCCCAACGCGAGCCACUCACUACACGAGGUACUCUGCAGAUCAACUACCUGCUCUUCCGCACCGGCAUCGAGUGGAUUGGACUGUGGUUGACCGCCAUUCUCGUUCGCUUCGACAACGACGGCAAGCACAACUACGCGCUGCGAAUCGACCUGUUCUGGGUAUACGCGAUGUUGGCUCUACUCAGCCUCAUCCCUGUGCCAUUUGUGCUGCGUAACUGCUCCGAGCGAACUGUUCAAGCCGAAGCAGGCUUCAUGAACGAGAUUGUCGCGGAAGAAGGCAGCGUCGCCAUGAUCACCACGGCUCCGUCCACAGCCAGUGCUCGUAUCGGAUCCUUCUUCCGGAUGUGUCAGCAACGCGCCGUGUGGCAGCUCGUGCUGUUCCUGUGCAUCCUGUUGGCGACCACGCGCUUCUACUUUGGCUCAGCCAACGCCGUCUUCAUCAGAAUGGCGGGACUCAAUCCGAACACGACGCUCAUAACCAACGCACUCAAGUACGUGACCACCAUGGCGUCUAUGAUCAUGUGGAAGGUUUUCUGGUCCAACUCGUCUUGGCGAAGAUGCGUGUGUCUGGGUAUUGCUGUUAUGGUUAUCCCCGAGACCUUCCGCGCUGUCAUGAUGAUCUACGUGCCUUCAGUCCGCACGCAGGCAUUCUACGACACGCUCGGCUGCAUCACGGGCUUCACAGAUGGUAUCAUUACUAUUUUCUCAUUGAUCCCAGCUACCGAGAUCGCUGAGAAUGGAUCGGAGGGUGCUACUCAGGGUAUGUUACUGUCGUUCCGUAGUACGAUCGCAAUCGCCAUGCGUACCCUGAGUAGCGACUGGAUGGCUGACGUGGCCCCCGUGAGCGUCGACGACGGAACAGGUCGCCUUCUGUCGCUGCUGCUCAUCGCGUACGCUGUGCACGCAAUGUCUCUUCUUUCAGUGCUUCUCCUUCCACGUCAGAAGCUCGACGCGCAGCAAUUGCGCGUAUACGGCGGCUACAGCAAGUUCGCAUGCAUCGCAAUCUGGAUCAUCUUCAUCGUCUUCUUCGUCUACGCUAUGGUUGUGAACCUCAAGGCCAUGGCUGAUAGGGUGAGCGAUUAG